AUGCAACCAUCUAGCGAAACUCCUUCUUCUCCUGCUGCAGCAGCAGCAACAACAGCAGCAACAGCAGCAGCAACAACAGCAGCAACAACAGCAGCAUCAACAGCAACACCGGCAGCAGCAACAACAACAGACGCACCAGCAGCAGCAACAGAUGCAUCAACAGCAACACCGGCAGCAGCAGCAACAACAGCAGCAUCAGCAGCACCAACACCAGCAGGAGCAGCAGCAGCAGCAGCAACUCCUUCCUGGUUAGCUGCAGUAAUGAGAAAAGAAGCAUAUGAAAGCCCUGGGCAGCAUGCAGCGCGAGUUGAGUUUCUCAACAAGGUCUCCGCAACAAUGGCUGCCGAGGGAGAGUACAGAGAAGACGAUGUUAAAAUGCUAUCUAGUUUAUUUUACAGCAUAAAGUUCUUGGGGUGUACGUACGCUCCUGAGUUAGAACAAAUGUUAUUUAAGUACGACUCGCAACUCGCAGCAACAGUGCAGCAAGAAAGAAGAAAAUCUGCAGCCAAAAAAAGCAAACAGCAGCAGCAGCAGCAGCAGCAGUAG